AUGGAAAGCAAUCAAAAUAUUGCAUCCAAAUAUAUAUCUUCUGGUGCUGUUGGAGGUGCUGAAGAGUCGAAAGAAUCUCUCCAAGAGGACUCAUUUGAUCUAAAACCACUGGAGAGUGAAGACCAGACAAAACCUACCGUGAGGAGCUUCAAAAUUAAGACAAGUAUUGUCUCAAAGGCGCUGGAGAACUUCUUGAAAUACAUCCAAGAUUGCCAAAGAUGCGAAGAAGAUGCCGAGAUAUUGCAUCAAGACUGGGUCGACCAGCUAGCUCAACUUAAACUUAGGGCCAGCAACAUUGAAGAAGGGAGACUCUGUGAACUUGAAGAUCUUGAUAAAGAAAUCAAUCUGCUGAAGAAGGCUAUGAGCAAGCAAGAUAUCUUUGCUAAGUUUAAGGAUGAAUCUUAUUGGAGACUUCUCAAGGAGGAGGUAGUGGCUCUUAUUUAAUCUUGAAGAUAAAGGUUCUUCACUGCAACAACCCGCUCAGCCCAAACCCGCUUUGGACAGACUCCACUUCUCUUCGGCAGGCUUCGACUACUACUAUUGGCUUCAACAGGGCUGACAGAGGCCUUUUGGACCAGUUACUGGGCUCAGUCUAAGGAUGAACAGACCAGGAGAUAUGAAGGUGAUCAAAGGGCUUGACAAAAGACUUCCUGAUUUAGAAAGAUUGGUGAUUAGGAAUAUUCCUAGAGAGUGUCAAGAGGAGGCAAGGCAUUGUGUUGCCAAAUAUUUCCCCAAAACCGUUCAGAGGUUUUACUUUAAUCAUGGUUCUGCUCUGAUUAGCAUUGACUUGUACUACUCUGCCUUGCUGGCUGCUGCUCCUUGUGUGACAAAGGACAUUCGUCUUUACAAUUUUAAGAUCUCCCAGCCCCAGACCAUCGCCCUCCUCGCUGCCUUUCACAAGGUCACAUUCUUUGCCUUCUACUCCUGCAUUCUACAAAUGCCCUCUGUGCCUUCCUUCCCUGACUCCAUGGCCAACUCCAACAUUCGAGAAUUAGAUUUCUCCUCCUCAGGAGAUAGCGCCCAUGGAGACUGGGGGAAGGACAGCUCGUGCUUCAGCAACUUGAUGGCUGGGCUCGCACAGGUCGACACCCUCAGGGAAAACUUGGAGAAGGUGUGGAUGUGUUGGUGUGGAAUGAAGAAGAAAGAAAUAAAGGAGAUCUUGGAGAACUGUGGACUAGAUCAUGUGGAUAUUUCAGGAGCUUGGUAAAUUCUUAAGUUUCAAUAACUGUCACAGA